AUGGACGUCGACAAAGCGGAUGUGGGCUCCUCUCCAAACGAAAGUAAACACAGAUGUAGCACAAAGACACGUAUAGCUGCCUUGGCAAUCGUAACCAUUAUAGUGCUGCUUUUAAUUAGUCUGCUGGUAUAUUACAUACAAUCUCGGCAGUCUGGGCAAGGCAACUCGAAUUACAGUGGUGCAGCCGGAGAGGCCCCAGAAGUCUGCAUCACACCGGAAUGCGUGGCUGCAGCCGUUCUGAUAAUGAGGAAAAUGAACCGGACAACCGACCCAUGCGUGGACUUCCACGAAUUUGCCUGUGGUCGCUUCAGCAGGGAGACGGUGAUUCCCAAGGGACGCUUCCAGGUGACGACCUUCACGUCCGUCAGUGACCAAAACGAGUUGGUCAUGAAAGAUAUUAUCACCGGCUUCAUAACAGCAGACGAGCCGAAAUACUUACAAAACAUGAAGCGAUUUUACAAGUCUUGCAUGGAUGUAGAACAGAUCGAGAAAACGGGCCUCGCCGAGUAUUUCAAGGACCCCUACUCGAAAGACUGGCCUACCAUCAACCCGAAAGCCUGGGAUGAGGUGAAUUUUAACCUGAAAGACGUCAUUGCCCGUUACGCCAAGGUCGACACACAGGAGCUCUUCGUGGUUGCUUCUGGGUUAGACUUCAAAAACUCCAACAGAAAAGUAUUGUUUGUGCACGACCCUCAGCUUGGUCUCACUCGGGAAUACUACAGUCUACCAAGAAAGGAUCCUCUUAUUCUUGCAUACCAGAAGUUUAUCAAAGAUAUCACAGUGGCACUGGGGGCUAAUGAAACAACAGCUGAAAAAGACGCCACGGAUCUAGUCGAUUUCGAAAUGGCACUGUCUAAGAUCAUGGUUUCUGAAGCUGUCAGACAGGAUUUUAACAAAGCAUACAAUCCGGUGAACGUAAGCUACCUGGCAUCUUUGUAUCCAGAGCUAGACAUACCUGGAACCAUAAGAGCCUUAUAUGGUAUUGCAAACGUAACGAUUCCUGACGAUGAAACGGUUAUCAACAUGUACCCAACAUACAUGGAGAAACUGCACGAAACCAUUUCCAACUUCUCAGGCCGCGUUGUAAAGAAUUUGUUCAGCUUCCGAUACGCUGUCGACAAAAUAACAGACCUUAGCCCUCGUCUGAAAAAAGUCAUGCUGGACUUUGAAAAGGUAAUGAACGGUAAGACAGAAGAAACUCCAAGAUGGCAAAAGUGCCUUAGUAGCACUUCGUCGGCUUUCUGGAAGGGGAUGUCCAAGCAGUUUGUGGCCAGGACCUUUUCAGAGACAGCCAAAAAUUAUAUGAUGGAAAUGAUUGGCAAUUUGAAGACAUCCUUCCAUCAAAUCCUCGAAGAAAGUGCAUGGAUGGCACCGCCUACCAAGCAAGCCGCCUUUAAAAAGCUGGCUGCUAUGGCCUCCAAGAUCGGUUACCCGGACACAAAUUUCACAAACAAAGAGAUUGAAACAAUGUAUCAACACUAUACAAUGCAGGAAGACAAUUACUACCCAAAUGAGAGACUGGCCGAGGAACUAACCAGAAUAGAAUUCGCAGCCUCUUUCAGAAAACCCGUGGAUAAGAAUGA